AUGCCUUCGAAUCAUGGUGUCAUAUUUAAAGCAAUUCCUGACGGUUAUCCAGCUCUAGGAGAGCAUAUGGAACUUGUCACAAGAGAAAUUGAUAUUGAAACCUUUUCACUUGGAGACGGAGACAUUCUUGUUAAAAAUCAAUAUUUAUCGUUGGAUCCAUACAUGCGUGGUAGAAUGAGAAAUCCUAAUAUAAAAUCUUAUGCAAAAGCAUUCGAGCUUGGUAAAGUUUUAGAAGGAAGUGGUAUUGGUACUAUUGUUAAAUCUAAUAAUAAGAAAUAUCAAGUUGGAGACUAUUAUAUUGGAAUAAUCG